UGAAUGGUCAACGCCUGGGGCUGUUGGUUUUCUUGCUCCGAGGCGGUAACUUCGGCCUUCUGCUCAGGGAAGCCGCGGAGUCCGACGCUGCCCUCCCAGUUGGGAGGCAGAGUUGCAGUUUGGUUAACUGUCUACUUUCCCCUAGAUUUCCUUUUAUUCUGCUCGAAUCUCCGCCUGUGUUCGACCCCUACCCACUUUCCUUCCUCCCGAUGGCAAGCCUCAGACUCCAGGCUUGGGCUAGGUUUUGUUUUUCUCCUGUGAGAACUCGAAGACCAUGUCUGCAGAACUCUUCUCAUCCUUAAGAGAGGAAGGAAGCUCUGGCUCAGGACCCAGUUUUAGGUCUAAUCAAAGGAAAAUGUUAAACCUGUUCCUGGAGAGAGACACUUCCUUUACCGUCUGUCCAGAUGUCUCUAGAACUACAGUGGGUGAAUUUCUUGGUGAUUCUACAAACCUAAGCAUUUUGUCUGGAGGAACCCCAAAACGUUGCCUUGAUCUUUCGAGUCUUAGCAGUGGGGAGAUAUCUGCCACUCAGCUUACCACUUCUGCAGACCUUGAUGAAACUGGUCACCUGGAUUCUUCAGGACUUCAGGAAGUACAGUUAGCUGGGAUGGAUCAUCACCAGCACCCAAUGAAAAGUAGCCCAGCACAGCUUCUUUGUAGCACUCCAAACGGUUUGGACCGUGGCCAUAGAAAGAGAGAUGCAAUGUGUAGCUCAUCUGCAAAUAAAGAAAAUGAAAACAGCACUUUGAGGCCAUUGGAGUGGCAUGCACCCAGGAACCUGAGAUUUCAAAAGAGAUCAGGGGAGCCUUAUGUGUCUCCUUUAUGUCUGCUGGACAAUGGAAACUUGGUGGACAGUGAAAUGAAAUAUCUGGGCAGUCCUAUUACUGCUGUUCCAAAAUUGGAUAAAAAUCCAAAACUAGGAGAAGGCCAGGCAGAAGAGAUUUCAGAUGAAUUAAUGGAGUUUUCCCUGGAAGGUCAAGAAGCCAAGGCCUCAGUGAACAGAAGCUGCCUAUAUCGCUCCCCCUCCAUGCCGGAGAACUUGAAUAGGCUAAGACCGAAGCAGGUGGACAAAUGCAAGGACAAUGCAAUGCCAGAUAAAGUUAAAAAAAAGUAUUUUUCUGGCCAAGGAAAGCUCAGGAAGGGCUUACAUUUAAAGAAGACAGUCUCUCUGUGUGACAUUAAUAUCAUUGAGAUGCUGGAGGAAGAUUCUAACCAAGGGCAUCUGAUUGGUGAUUUUUCCAAGGUAUGUGCACUGCCAACCGUGUCAGGGAAACACCAAGAUCUGAAGUAUGUCAACCCAGAAACAGUGGCUGCCUUACUGUUGGGGAAGUUCCAGGGUCUGAUUGAGAAGUUUUAUGUCAUUGAUUGUCGCUAUCCAUAUGAGUACCUGGGAGGACACAUCCAGGGAGCCUUAAACUUGUAUAGUCAGGAAGAACUAUUUAACUUCUUUCUAAAGAAGCCCAUUGUCCCUUUGGACACCCAGAAGAGAAUAAUCAUCGUGUUCCACUGUGAAUUCUCCUCAGAGAGGGGCCCCCGAAUGUGCCGUUCUCUGCGAGAAGAGGACAGAUCUCUGAACCAGUAUCCUGCAUUGUACUACCCAGAGCUAUAUAUCCUUAAAGGCGGCUACAGAGACUUCUUUCCAGAAUAUACGGAGUUGUGUGAACCACAGAGCUACUGCCCUAUGCAUCACCAGGACCACAAGGCUGAGUUGCUGAGGUGUCGAAGCCAGAGCAAAAUGCGGGAAGGGGAGCGGCAGCUGCGAGAGCAAAUUGCCCUUCUGGUGAAGGACAUGAGCCCAUGAUAACAGACCAGCCACUGGCUGCUAACAGGUCAUCCAAAGACACUGCAGAAACCCUGAGCAGAAAGAGGCCUUCUGGAUGGCCAAACCCAAGAUUGUUAAAAGAUGUCUGUAAACGAACAGGCUGCCAACCUGUUGAAAUGCCAGGCCUGGGAAUGGAUAAGGUUUCAGCUUGCUGAAACCUGGCGACAGAGUUCUGGAGCUGGCUCUAUAAGGCAGCCUUGAGUUGCAUAGAGAUUUGUGUUGGUUCAGGGAACUCUGGCGUUCCUCUUCCAAACUCCUCAUGUCUUCUCACAAGCCAGCCAACUCUUUCUCUCUCUGGGCUUCUGGCUAUUCAGAAGUUAUCUUCCUUCUUUCUUUGUAUUUUCCUUCAUUGUUUCCCCCUCUCCCUUUUUUAAAAAUGGAAAAAUAAACACUGCAGAGUGAGA